UGGACCAUCUAUUUAAAGUGUAGUACAAAUCCCUGAGUUACCAUCUCUCAUUUGGACGUGGACUUUAUCCUUCAGAGUCCCAUCACAUCCAGAAACAACAAAGGAGCACUUCUCAUCCUCAGUCAUGAGUCAGAAAAUGGACAUCACAGACUUGAACAUUCAACCCAAAACAGAAAUAAAAGUAACGGGUGAAAUACUGCCUGGAGCCAGUCACUUUGCAAUCACCUUAGCUGAGGACCACGAGAACUUUGGACUUCACUUCAACCCACGCUUCAAGAUAGGUAAUGACAACAAGAUCAUCGCCUGUAAUUCCAAAUACGAUGAUGUUUGGGGUGAAGAACAAAAGGAGGCCAACUUCCCCUUUGAACCAGGGACUCUCACUGAGGUUUGGUUCACAUUUGAUAAGAAUUCCUUUUUUGUGAAGCUCCCUGAUGACUCCCCUAUCAAAUUUCCAAAUCGCCUCAACUUAGACAUUAUCAAGGUCGUGAAAAUUAAGGGUGACUUCAAGUUAAAAUCAAUAAGAUUUGACUGAGCCCUGCAAUCAAGCCAACUUCAGACUUUGGCAUCACUUAUAACUAAUAAAGAUAAU